AUGCUGGUGAGGGAGGACGACAGGCAGAACCGACGCGGCCUGAGGUGCUUCGGGUGGAACAAAUACGGCCAGGCGCAGGGAUGGGACGCGCCCAUCGACGUCGUCGCCGUCGCCGCGGGGGAGAGGCACUCGCUGGCGCUCUCCGCAAAGGGCACAGUUUUCGCUUGGGGCGACAACCACACCGGCCAGCUCGGCCUCGGGGGCGAGGAUCCGCUGCCCAUGGACGUGCCGACGACGUCGUUGGGCCGCGACGUCGUCAUCGUCGGCGUCGCCGCCGGCGCCAGGCACAGCGUCAUGGUAUCCGCCACGGGGGACGUCUUCACCGUGGGCUGGGGCCUCUACGGCCAGCUCGGGCACGAAGACGCGGAAGACCUUUUCGCCCCGCGACGCGUCGAGCACCUCGCGGGGAUCACAGUCGUGUCCGUCGCCGCCGGAAGCGCGCACACCGCGUGCGUCACCAGAGACGGGGCGCUGUACGCGUGGGGCAGUAACCGGAAAGGGGAGUUGGGCACCGCCACCGGCGACGUGACCAAAGCGCGCGAGUCGAACGACGGCGCGGGGAGCCUGGCGGUGGCGGUUGCGUGCGGGAGCUCUCACACCGUGGCGCUCGCGAGGUUGGAGAGCGGCGAGGCGGGUUUGUUCGGGUUUGGGUGGAACAACAUGGGCCAGCUCGGUCUGGGGGACGAUAAGGACCGGGGAAUACCCGCGAGGAUCCCUCUCCCGGCGAACGAGAAGGGGAAGGUGACGAAGCUGCGGUGCGGGUGGUGGCACACCGUCGUCGGCGUCGAGGAGUACUGA